CUAUCUGGAGGAAACCUGUUGUUGAGAAACAUUGAAGAAAAAAGUUCCUUGGAUAAUAAUUCUGUCAAUUAAAAAAUAUCUAUAUACUACAUUUUCUUCAUUAGGGAACAGCAUUAUAUGUUAAUCAUUCAAAAUGUGGCUCCCGUUCAUAGUGAUGUCUACCUCAUUGCUUGAGUCCCUUGCCUAUCCUGGUUCCAAUAUGGAUAAUUCAGAAAAUUGCCAGGAUUCAAUCACGCAUUUCAUGGGGUAUUAUUUUCUGAAUGGAGAAGCUGCAGCAAUCCGGUGCCCAGCAUUCCAAUAUCUUCAGAUUGACUCCUCAGAGCUUUCUGAUCAUUCUCUUGAUCUGGUUUGGACAAAAAAAUAUUUUGAAAGUGUUACGGUUGAGAGUGAUUCUCAUCUUCAGCCAAACAAAGAAUUGCUGUGGUUUUUCCCAGGAGUAAAAGAAGACACUGGCGUAUAUACUUGUAUUCUAAGAAAUUCAUCAUUCUGUGUUGAAGUAGCAAUGACUGUCAAUGUACUAGAUCGGACAGAGGUAUCUUUGGCUGAAAUUGCAUAUGAACAAACUGCCUAUGAAGAUUCCAGUUCCAAGGUGUAUUGUCCCGAUUUAGGUGACUUCACUGAUAGUUAUUCUAAUUUUCAGCUAAAAUGGUUCAAGGAUGGAGAACCUUUACCAGAAGAGAACCAGAAAUAUGAAUUAUUGGAUGGCAGCACAUUUAUUACCAUUAAACAUGUACAAAAGGAAGAUGAAGGAUAUUAUACAUGUAAAUUUGUAUUUAUGCAUGGGGAAAUAGAGUACACAGCUUCCAGAAUCAUUUCUCUUCAUACUGUUGUUCCAGAUAAAAGAGAGCAUCCAGUGAUUCUGCAGCCCAGCCAGAAUACCUUAGCAUCAUCCCUAGGUUCCACAUUGACUAUUCCGUGCAAAGUAUUUACUGGAGUUGGGAGAAACAAUCCUAUUGUAUGGUGGCUAGCAAAUAAAACCUUUAUUGAAGAAUUCUUUAAAGAUGGCCGCGUGUUUGAAGGACCAUUGCAAGAAACGACAGAAGCUGAUGGCCAUUACAUUGAACUGCCACUGAUUUUUAAAGUGGUCAAAGAGGAGGAUUUCAGCACCAAUUUUAUGUGUGUGGCUAGCAACGAUUAUGGCAAAGAGGUCCUUCCGACAAGUAUAAGAGAAGCAGCCUCUCCUUUUUCUUGGUACAUUGCAGCAGUUCCAGCAGCUUUGAUUUGUCUGAUUGUUGCAAUAAUUGCCAUAUACAAAUACAAGACGUCGAAACACAAGACAGGUUAUUCCCUGGACAAGAUAUAAUUGGAAACAUUCCCUUUUCCACAGCUGGAGCUGACUGGAUCUUAACCAACUGGGUCAUAUUCAUGUCUCCUAGAAAGUAGUACCUUUCUGAAUAUGAAGAGUAAAA